UAGCUUUGUUGGUGGGGUCCUCACUCCUCACAUAUGGACAGCUGUUGCUGAUACCACUUUUGACCCCACACUCUUAGAACCCUCAUUCAUGGCGUAUGAACUCUCUAUCUCUCUCUGCACCACCCUUCUUUCCUCUCAGACACCCACCAUUUCCUCAAUUUCAAAGCCUAAUACUUGUUAAUUUUUCUGGGUUUUUUUUGGGUACAUUUUUUGUGGGAACUUCGGGUGUAUUUGGGUGUGCAUUGGCGGAGUGACAGAAGUGCAGGCAUGAGAGACGGGGUGUGUAGCAAUUUCAGUGUGCUCAGUGUGUUUCUGUUGGUUCUGUUUCUCUGUCUUCAUGAAUCCCAUUGCAGCCUGCCAAGUUAUAUGAAAGGUUCUGUACUAAUGGAAAAAAGCUCAGAUGCCUUUUUACCUGAGAUCUCCCCAAGUGGUUCUCCACAGCCAUUUCUUCCUCUUCUUGCUCCUUCACCGCUGACACCAUUCACAACAAAUAGCACUAUCCCAAAAUUAUCAGGACUUUGUAGUUUAAACUUCUCUGCUGGUGAAAGUAUGAUCAGCAUGACAUCAAUUGAUUGCUGGGCUGUAUUUGCUUCAGUUCUGGCUAAUGUAAUAUGCUGUCCGCAGUUGAAAGCUACACUACACAUUCUCAUUGGCCAAUCCAGCAAAGACACCAAUCUUCUCGCUUUGAAUGGGACGCUGGCAAAGCACUGCCUCUCGGAUGUUGAGCAAAUUCUAGUGAGUCAGGGUGCCAGUGAUAAACUUCAUCAGAUAUGCUCAAUUCAUCCAUCAAGCCUCACUGAAGGCUCUUGCCCAGUCAAAGAUGUUAAUGAGUUCGAGAGCAUUGUGGAUUCUACUAAGCUGCUUUCUGCAUGUGAACAAAUUGAUCUUGUGAAAGAAUGCUGUAAUCAAAUAUGUCAGAAUGCCAUAUUAGAAGCAGCUAGAAAAAUCGCACUGAAAGCUUAUGAGCUUUUGAGUGUGGAUCCACCCCAUGCACUGCCUGAACACUCGACUAGAGUUGAUGACUGUAAAAAUAUUGUACUGCGAUGGUUGGCAAGUAAACUCAGUCCUGGCCGAGCCAAGGGUGUUCUUAGAGGACUAUCUAAUUGUAAUGUUAAUAAAGUUUGUCCUCUGGUUUUUCCUGACACAAGACAUGUUGCAAAGGGCUGUGGAAAUGGGACAAGCAACCAGACGGCAUGCUGUAGUUCUAUGGAGAGGUAUGUGUCUCAUUUGCAAAAGCAGAGUUUGAUAACCAACUUGCAAGCUUUGGACUGUGCUGCAUCACUUGGAAUGAAGUUACAGAAGGCAAAUAUUACGAGAAAUAUUUAUAACCUCUGUCGAAUUACCCUCAAGGAUUUCUCUCUCCAAGCCGUUGGACAAGAGUCUGGAUGCCUUUUGCCAAGCUUGCCUUCAGAUGCAACAUUGGACAAGUCUUCAGGGAUAAGUUUCAUUUGUGAUCUGAAUGACAACAUUCCAGCUCCUUGGCCUUCUUCAUCUCAAUUACCAGCUUCAUCAUGCAAUAAAACUGUCAAAAUUCCUGCACUUCCUGCAGUCGCAUCUGCUCAAAGUGGUCUUUACAGUGAAGAUACAAUGCCACGGCUGCUCUUUACCUCCUCUAUGGUUCUCAUGAUGCUCCUGUAAUUUUGUUUUCUUCACAUUGAGCAGAAAGCAGAAGAAGCUUUUCCUCUCAUACAAAACCUACCACUUCUUUUAGAACUAGGAAAAUUGGAUGAAGACUAUGUCAAAGAAGCUUAUAUCUUCAACCAGGUCUCCCCCAUCUGUUCAAGUCUAUCUAUCUCAACAUGAGGUGAAUCCAAGUCUCUGUUUCAGAUCAAAUAUCAAUUCAUGAUUCUUGCAUGCUGUUGUAAUAAAAAAUUUUGUAAGUAAUAUCAGAAAAGUGAGGAAGGAGGUUCAAUAUUGUAACUAUCACUACUUUAUAAUCAAAUUGUAAAUUUGGAGUGCUAAAGAAAGCAGCCGGGUUGUAAGUAUUUUGGUUUCUCGUCUUCUGGUAUGAACUAAUUGCCUGCAUUCUGGCUAAAUUUCUGAAAAUCCAGUGGUUUAUUAC